CCCCUCGACCGGGGGCCGGCGCUGCGGCGAAGGCAGGAGGGAAGGAGGGGCGCGGUGCUUGCCCGCGCUGCUCGGAGCCGGAGGCACAGCGACGCGGUAGCGACAGCGCGGGGGGAGGCCGGUGCCAACCCCGACCCCGUGAGGCGGCCCUUCCAGGCGCAGCGGUGGCAGCGGCAGGCGCGAUGACGGCGGAGGAGACGAAAGCGGACGGGGCACCCUUGGAAGGGACAGACAUCACCCCCAAGCAGGAUGAGGGAGUCCUCAAGGUUGUCAAGAAAGAAGGCAGUGGGACAGAGUCUCCUAUGAUUGGUGAUAAAGUGACCGUCCAUUACACAGGAUGGCUUCUUGAUGGCACAAAAUUUGACUCCAGUCUGGACAGGAGAGACAAAUUCUCAUUUGACUUGGGCAAAGGUGAAGUGAUCAAAGCAUGGGACAUUGCUGUGGCGACUAUGAAAGUUGGUGAAAUCUGUCGGAUUACAUGUAAACCAGAAUAUGCCUAUGGCUCAGCUGGGAGCCCCCCAAAGAUACCUCCCAACGCUACACUGAUCUUUGAGAUAGAACUUUUUGAGUUCAAGGGGGAGGACCUCACUGAUGAUGAAGAUGGUGGCAUCAUCCGAAGAAUCCGUAAAAAAGGGGAAGGCUACUCCAAGCCUAAUGAGGGUGCACUUGUAGAGAUCCAGUUUGAAGGUCGAUACGGAGAUCGUGUUUUCGACAGGCGGGAAUUGCAGUUUGAGAUUGGAGAAGGUGACAACUAUGAUCUUCCUCAUGGUCUUGAGAAAGCAAUUCAAAAGAUGGAGAAAUCAGAGGAAUCGGUGUUCUAUCUCAAACCCAACUAUGGUUUUGGAAGUGCUGGGAAGGAGAAAUUUCAGAUCCCUCCAGAUGCAGAGCUACAGUAUGAAGUGAAACUCAAAAGCUUUGAAAAGGCUAAGGAGUCUUGGGAAAUGAACACAGAUGAGAAGCUGGAGCAAAGCUGCAUUGUGAAGGAGAGAGGCACUCAGUACUUCAAGGAGGGGAAAUACAAACGGGCAGCAUUACAGUAUAAGAAGAUUGUAUCGUGGCUGGAGCAUGAAUCGGGACUCUCUGAGGAGGAGGAUACGAAAGCCAAAAGCUUGAGGCUUGCUGCUCACCUUAAUCUAGCUAUGUGCCACCUCAAGCUGAAGGAAUAUUCCCCGGCUUUGGAAAACUGCAACAAGGCACUCGAAUUGGAUAGCAACAAUGAAAAGGGCCUCUUCCGGCGUGGAGAAGCACACUUGGCUGUCAAUGACUUUGACUUGGCCCGGGGAGAUUUCCAGAAGGUGAUACAACUCUAUCCAAGUAACAAAGCUGCCAAAGUGCAACUGGUAACUUGUCAGCAGAAAAUACGGGAGCAGCAUGAGAAGGAGAAAAAGAUGUAUGCCAACAUGUUCCAAAGGCUUGCAGACAAAGACUUAAAGUCAGCUGCUUCUCUUCAGAUCAGCCACACUGAAGAUGCAGAAAUGAAAGACGAGCAGAAUGGAGUUGAAGAUAAAUCAGAAGUUGACACAGAAGCAUAAAACCAAACCCUAUUCCAUUAGUUUUGUAAAUGAAAGAAUUUCCAGUGAAUUAGACCUUUAUUUUUCUACCUGGUUGGACAGUGGCUUCAGGGGAGCAGAGGCUGAAGCCACCAUGCCACAGUCAAUUACAGCUUUAUAUGUCUGUUGAAGCUGAGUGGCAGCAUAAAUCUGGUUUAAUCCUAGGGACUUUAUUUAUUCAAUCAGCCUCUGUUACUGUUUGGGUUCUGUCUGGAUUUACUCUGCUUGGUUUAUUUGCAUUUUGCCAUUGGUGUUUGUCUCUUUCUGGUUCCAGUUUAAUUCCAGGUUCUGCUUCCUCAGUUCAUUUCCUGAUUUCUUCCAAGUAACCAGCUUUUUCCAGGAGUUCUCACGUGAGACUGGAGAACAAAUCGGCACUCCCAGUUCUUCUGUCUUGGGAUUGCCCCCUUACUCCCCUGUUCAGUAUGGAGUCUCUUCCGCUAAGCAUUGUAACCUUUCUUGUAUGCCUCAUGUUUGCAAAUUGCCGAAGGUGAAGACUGUGAAGUCACAGCUUAAGUAAUAAAGCUCCAAUUAAA